CACUCUCCGCCAGCCAGUUGGUUCUCUGGUGCAAUGGGGGCCCGUUGAUUUGUGCCGUUCCUCCUGCAUUUUGCAGUGAUAUUGCUGCCAUAUCGUUGCUACCGUUGAUGUGGGAAGGUGGCGAGGUGUGCACCAAGCCAAGGCGGCACCCACCAGUGUUUCUCUGGCCAUUUUAACCAGGGAAAAAAAGGAAAGUUUUGUGUUGUCCGGUUUAGCAGGAUGAUCAGUGGUUGGUGUGGGAGGAACCAUGUGCUGAGACCCAGUGUGGCUGCAUUAUCAUCUUGCAACAUUCUUCACAGUUGCUAUGUUGAGUGAUAGCACGCCUCGGCACUCAUAUAUAACUUAAAUAAGGAGGGAGUGCAUGGCAGUGUGCAGUCUUAGCUUCAAGGCGAACGAAAAUUUCACGAUGCGUGUGCAAAUGAAUGGAAUACUUCGUUAAUUUGUAUUGCAAUCAUGGUUAUUGUGAUUGACACAGCUUGUUCCCUGUGACUUGACACCUCGUACUCUCUCUUGACACUACAUAUGUUCAUAUUAAUCGCCGAUUCUUCAAGAAAUAAGACGAUAUUAACGUUAGUGAAGUUGCUCGGAUUAAUCAGAGUAAGUGACGUUAACCAGCGGAGAAAUAUUGACGUAGUGACUCACUCAAAAUUAAUUAUGUGACCUUGAUCUUGCGUCAUAAAGCUGGUAACCUUUAUUAUAAUAACCUUGAUAAGGUUUGAAGUGAGUGUAUGCUCACCUGUUUGUGGCUGCAGGGGUCGAGACAUAGCUCCUGUGAGUGUUAGUGUGUGUUGGUGCAGUCGAGAGCUGUCACCAUCGACCGCGCAACCGCUGCUGCUGCUGCUGUUUGUGUGCUAAUGUUACAACUGUUGCCAAGGAGAUUUAAUGAAAUUAACGAAGGUUUGAUGGAUUACGUGGCUAGUAGAGGAAGCGAGAUAUGGCGAGGCAGUGACUUAAACAAGCACUAGUGAUAGUGAUCAAAUCAAGCAAGAACUCUUUUUAACAAAUUGUAAAAAUGUUUGGUUGUUCAGUGAAGAAAAUAAGCCAGCUCUAGUGUAAAGUGAAAAAAAAUAAGCCAGCUCUGGUAUCAAGUGUAAAAAAUAAGCCAGCUCUAGUGUAAAGUGAAAAAAAUAAGCCAGCUCUAGUGUCAAUUGAACAAAUAAACAAGCACUAUUGACAAAAUAAGCCAGCUUUAGUGUCAAGUGAUAUAAAAUAAGCAAUCACAGCUGAUAUACAGUAAGCCAGCUUUAGUGACAAGUGAGAAAAAUAAGCAAGCACUACUAACAAAAUAAGCGAGCACAGCUGACAAAAUAAAUAAGUACUACUGACAAAAUAAGCACUACUAACAUAAAAAUAAAUAACAAGCACAACUGACAUAAUAUAAAAUAAGCAAGCACAACUGACAUAAUAUAAAAUAAGCAAGCACAAAUGAUAUAAUAAGCAAGCACAACUGACAAAAUAAUUUAGCAAGCGCUGCCAACAUAAAGUGAGCAAGCACUACUGGCAUACAGAAUAAGCUGGCUCUGGUGAGUAACUUAGCAGUCUUAAUAACGAUUAGAACAAUUAGUUUAUAGUGACGAGUGAAACAAGCACUUUCUAGGAACCCUCGUCCAGGUGUGGUAAUACCUGGCUUGAACCCCACCACAUCUGCGCUCUGGCCUCAUAACAUGAGAGCUAUUAUCGUUUUUUGAUGAAAACAAGAGAGCAAAAUGGGUUAGAUAUAGGGGGAGUCGGCUACUGGCCCUGGGCUAACGACUCCUCCUACCCAUACACGCCUUGCCCCCAUUAGUAGAUGGGGAAUGAGCUACAGGUGCUGUGAUGGGUAUUUAGCACCUGUAGUGGCUACAUCUACAACAGCUGUGUAAAUAUUACACCUGGUAUCAUCCCCCAGAUAACCGCGCCUUCGUCAGGUGUCAGUGAUGACCGCCAUGAUGGUGGGUGGCGGUGGCUUCAUGGGAGGAGUGGGUGGCAUGAGUCGGGGUGGGCUGGCAGCGCCGCCCACCACCACUGCUACCACCACUACUACUACCACCCCAGGGACCCACCACAACCUCCGGCUCCCCUCGCCACACUCCCCUCCUUCCCCAACCUCCAGUGACUCCCCUACUUCCCCUGCCAGUCCUGGUCGACACAUGGGCAACAAGGCAUGCGGCGUGUGUGGAGACGUAGCCAAGUCCAUGCACUUUGGAGGCCUCUCGUGCGACUCCUGCAAAGCCUUCUUCAGACGCUCAGUACAAAACAACGCUCACAAGGGCUUUACCUGCCCUUAUGAAAAAAAAUGCAUAAUAGCCGUCUCAUCCAGAAAAGCUUGUCAGUACUGUAGAUUUCACAAAUGUCUAUCAAUUGGGAUGGAAAAGGGAUGGGUGAUGACGGAGGAGGAACGCAGGAAGAUGAUGCAGCAACGCCAAGAGAAAAAGAACAAAGAUGAACAUAAAAAACAUAAUUUGUCCAAUAAUCCAGAAAGAUACACUCUGAGUGAGGAAGAACAAACUGAGAUAUCCACUAUUGUAUCUUUGUAUAAAAAGGCCUACCAGGAUAUCCCAUAUGAAGAUAGUGGUCCACAAGAGGGAGCAGUAGGGGUUAUGUCACCAUGGAUGACAUUCUGUAAGAGAAUUGGAUAUUUUUUUUCACUCUUCCAAGAAUUUGCUGACCUUCCAAGCAGCGACCAAGCGCUACUGCUGAAAACAGCAAUUACAUCGGCAUGUAUUAUCAUGGGUUCUGUUGUUUAUGAUUCCAGUACUGGCAAGUGGCCAGGCAAAAGUAUAAAUAGAGGUGGCUUUAUGCCCAAUGUGACGCAAAAAAAUGUAGAACGAUUAGUACCUGCUGAGCUUAUGUCACGUGUUGAGCAUUUUUUCCGCAAGUUCCAGCAAGUGUGUCCCGACGAAACUAUGGCAAUGAUACUCAUACUAGUGGCCCUGUAUUCCCCAGAAUUAAUGGGAUUAGAGGCUAAAGAUACCAUUCAAGGGCUACAAGAUCGUUAUACACGUAUCUUGCAGAGGUAUGUAGGAUGGAAGUACAAAGAGCAUUCAUCCCUAAUGUUUCCCAAAGUUAUUGUCUCUCUUGCUGAUAUUCGAGAGUUAGCCGAGCGUACUUGUCAGAUGCGAAUACAGCAGGGUGUUGUGGCAAAUGUGCCUUCCUUAUCAUCAUUUCUGUCGAGGCCUGAGUCUAGUUCAUCGUCUACAUCUUCAAUGGACAUGAGCGAGGAGGGAAAUACAGUUCAAAAUGCAAAUAAUGAAAUUGCACAAAUUAAAGAAGAAUGUGAUGUCCAGUGCGAUAAAACAAGGAAGGUGGGAACUGCCCAUAAAGCUGGUCAUUUAGAAGAUACGAGUGGAACACGUGAUCAUACAUACCAAAAAAUUAUGCAGAAGAUUAUGGAUCAGAUGCAUAGUUCCUCCAUAUAUAUGCAGGCUCCAUCGCUUCUUCCAUUCAUCAUCCAGAUUGUCAAAAAAGUUGGUGCUGGUAAUCCCACCGGGACCUCUACUCGACUAUCUUUCUCAAGCCCAAAAGCUAGCAGGCCGCAACAGACCAAGCAUCACCGAAUAGGUUCCAAACGCCGCAUGGUCGAAAUCAAACAAGAAUGCGUGGACGAAAGCUGUGACACUCAAGAUCUGCCAUCUCCCAUCCCAAGUGUGCAUCCUAGUUCUCACAGCCAGUUUAACCUGCAGACUGAGCCCCAAAUUCCUCAUAAUCAGGACGUACAGCAGCUUCUCCAUCAGCCUGCUCCUUCACCCCCACAACCAACACUUUCUUGUACUUAUCCAGUGUCGCCAAUGGAAUCUACUAAUUCUUUUGACAUGCUUCCACUCUCACCUUUACAUACCUCAAAUAUAAGAUUGUCUCCACACCCCAUGCCAUCACUUGGUUCCAACCUUUCUGUUGAUUUGCUGUCUACUCAGACAGCCCACAUGGUUCCUGUUGCACCAUACACUCCCCCAGCACCAGUUCCAUCACCAAACAUCCUUGUUAAACAGCCAAGCAUGGAACCCGUGGCGGACAUGCCACUACCAUCACCCAUUGCUGCACCCUCGCCCUACUCAGACACGUCGAGCUCCUCCCCAGAGAGUUCCCAGUCGCCACUCACUGAGCUCUUUUCUGAAGAUCUUUCAAAUGUAGAAAUAGAUGUACUUACACAGUUGCUUGAUUAUGUUUCCAACAUUGACAACUUUGAUAAUGUGAGCUCACUUAAAGAAAUCUUGCCACCACAUCUUCUUACCGAACUUCAAACAAAACUGUGCUCAUACUCAUUGAAACAUGAAUAGCAGAAAAUACAAAUUUACAGUGUUUUAAGCUUCAGUUUACUCCCACAAGCAGGAAAUACGUACAUGAUGUCUAGACUUUGUGAAAGGCUGUUAUCAAGUCGAUAUAUUUAUCAAGUGUAUUUUCAGUGUAUUGGUACAAUUUAUAUUUGUGCUAAUAAGUGUUUCACAAUGCUUUCAAAUGUACUAGAGUACAUGUCUUGAAUUUCAAAGCAACAAAUAAGAAGACUUGUUUGAUUGAAAACACAAAGAUUGAAAACUAAGUGGAAAACAAGUGGCAAAAGUUAAGUAAAAGGGAUUAAAAGUGACUUAGAAAACUUGUUCAGUCAGGAAGUACCGUAAAACUGUUUGGAAAUGUCAUAUACUCGAGAAACAAGCCCAUAACAGUCCUGAAAAUUAUUUUGUGACAUCAUAUGCACGCACAUUGAUGUUUUGUGAUAUACCAUAGUUUACAUUGGCCUGGGAGAUGAAUUGUGAUUCUAAUAAUCAAAAUCAUCAUCUAGAAUUGUUGAGAAAUAUCAGUCUUGUUGUUUUGCUCUGGUAAUACUUCAUGUUACACAGGUUCACCAAAAAGGUUACUGAAUGUUAUACUUAGUGAAGGCUUCUUGAACACCACACUUCAUCAAGAGGUCAUCUCUCAUAGCUGCUCACUUUAAGCACAUGUAAUAGCUGGAGUAUUGGUUGCAAUGAUUUUUUAAGUUGACAAAAGUGUCUUUAAAGUGGAGAUAAGAGGAAUUGUAUUAUAAAUACUGUAUGUGAGAGUGUUUCUUGCAAUAUUGUUUUCUUCAGUUACUACUGAGUCAACCUAAUAUUGUAUUAGCUGUCAAUCUGCAUGUAAAGCCAUUGUACUAUGAAAGGAAACAUGGUUUAGUGAUUACCAUAUGCGGUGUAUAUUUACCUAGGUAGUAUUUAAAUUUUGGUCGUAGUUUCCAUCCCAGUUAUUUGUAAAAGAUUAAACUGAAUACUGACUUUAUGUAGAGUUUUUUAACAAUUUUUUUAAAUACAUCCUUUAUUUUUUUAUUAAAAAUAUACCUUUAUCUGUUAUGCAUCUGGGUACAGGAGGGUCCUGCUUAUACAGCAGGUUAGGUUCUGGGCUACUGUGAGUGUCCCACUUAUACAGCAGGUUAGGUUCUAGGCUACUGUGAGUGUCCCACUUAUACAGCAGGUUAGGUUCUGGGCUACUGUGAGUGUCCCACUUAUACAGCAGGUUAGGUUCUGGGCUGCUGUAAAGCAAAACCACUGUAAAGUGAAACAUAGCCUUUUUUCAUGUUCAAAUGCAUAUAACAGCCUGAUAAAAUGUUUACACUAUCAUAAAGGCCUAAAAAAUUGCAUGUACGAUACACACAUUCUUACCUUAAAAUAUUUUCGUACUUAGCGUAUAGUGAGUGGUGAAUAUAUUUAUUGUAGGUAGUCUGAAUAAAUGAUGAAAGGGUAUAAUUGAAAACAGCUGUAUUAGCAAAACACUGUAGAGUGGGGCCCUCCUGUAUACAGUGAUUUAUUAUGUUUUUGGAGUUCCUGAGUUCUGUAUAUUAAAGAAUCUGUACCUGGAUUGUGCAAGUUACUACACUCCUGUUUCUCUCUUUCAUUACUUGGCUUUACAACACGUGUACUGUUACUUGAAAUGAGUUCUACCAAAAAAACUGUGCUGACAGCGAGUCUCAAGCCUUACUGUUACGUCAACGAGAACUCUGUGUCUGGACAGGUUAUUGGCCCGUAUAUUUAUUGAAGUUGUGACACUUGAACACGCAGUUUUAGUUUGAUAAUAUGAUUCAUUGUAUACCUUAGAAUUAUUCUGUGGUAAAGCUGCAAUUCAGUAUGAUCAAGGAAUGGUAUGAUAGAUGCUUUUGAUGUGAAGAUUAGAUGCCUUGGAUAGACACUGCUUUCUCCUGGAGAAAUAAAAAUGGAAAUAGAGACUUGUGUGUAGGCUGGGCAUGGACAAUGGAAAGGUAACUUUAUGAGAUAUCACAAGCAUAAAUAUAUAUAGGUAUCGGAUAUCUAAUACAGUGGACCCCCGGUUAACGAUAUUUUUUCACUCCAGAAGUAUGUUCAGGUGCCAGUACUGACCGAAUUUGUUCCCAUAAGAAAUAUUGUGAAGUAGAUUAGUCCAUUUCAGACCCCCAAACAUACACGUACAAACGCACUUACAUAAAUACACUUACAUAAUUGGUCGCAUUCGGAGGUAAUCGUUAUGCGGGGGUCCACUGUAUACUUAAGCUUACUAGAAUAGCAAAAUUUAAAUUAAUUUUUUUGUCUUUGGAUUAAAAUAAAAUAUAUAUGCAGUACAUAAAUACUAAUGCUUAAUGCUGUCAGAAGUGCAUGCUUGAUCUAAACUGAAAAUUCAUAUCAUAAAAACUAGGAUUUGAAAUUUUUACUAUAGGCUAAGACAAUGUAACAAUGGUCUACCUACCUGGAGUCUACCUGGAGGGUGUUAUGGGGUCAGUGCUCCUGUGGCCCGGUCCAUGACCAGGUUUCGCGGUGGAUCAAGGCCUGAUCAACCAGGUUGUUACUGCUGGCCACACGUACUCUAAUGUACUGGUACUGGUAAACCAAUCAGUUCAUAUAAUAGUUAAUACAACGGUGAGAAUGAAGGUUAGUUUGUGCAAUUUAGAGUGAUGUUGACUGAAGCUUGAUGCUUGUUAGAAACAAUGACCUCUGUUGUUUCAUAGAAGUCACAUGGAAUAUAUAAGGUAUGACAGGUUCUCCUUGGUGCCUCGUCAACCAUCUCAAAGCAAAAGAAUGAGUUUGGAGAGUGUAAUGUGAGAUGAUCAAGGAUACAGUGUGUGUGUAACUGUGUCCUGGUACAUAGUUAGCCACAUACUGUAUCUUCAUGAAAAAACAAGCCAUGAAACAGGUGGGAUUCAAGCCCAUGGCAAGUGAGUCGCAAAACUCACUCACUGUGGGUUCAAAUCCCACCUGUUUGUGGUUUAUUUGCAAUCAUGUUAUUAGCAUUUUGUGAGUCGUGUAUCUUAAUGUAUUGUUGUCUGACCACAGGUGACUACUACUACUACUACUACUACUACUACUACUACAUCAUUCCAGUGAGUUUUGUUAUGCGUUAGGCUAGUGCAUUAAUACAUAGUUUUCUCCUCCAUGCGGUUUGUUAUAUCAAGUAAUUGACUGGCCACCUGUCUGCUGUUCCAUACCUUUUUUUUAUACAAAAUUGUUUAUUUAAGAUCCUUUCUGAAAUUAAUUAUGUUCUGUAUUAUUUUAUAAUUGAGGCCAUAUUUACACAAUCGUGACUCAUUUGAUCUAAUGUUUCAUGUUGCAGUUAGAAAUUAGCAAGUAAAAUAUUAUCUUCUUUAAGAAGCCCUUCAGCAAGAGGUGCCUUUAUGCCACUGAAGGGCUAUUAGUCCAGAUUAUUGAAGAUGGCCUCUGUUUACUCAGCUUAAAUGUGAUUACAGUACUUGACGAAUUAUCACCCAUGGUGAUAAUUCGUCAAGGUCAUCGAUAAAUAAAGAAUGAGACACUUGUUCAACAUUUGGCAAUCUUUAUUGAGGAAACAUUUCCUCAAUAAAGUUGGCCAAAUGUUACACGUGUCUCAUUCUUCAGCUUUCCGGUUUUCAAAACCAUUUACAUAAUACGUCAUUGAUAGGUGUAAUGACGUGGUUGAGCCGUGUAACCUGGGUGAUGCUCUAUGAGGUUAAUGUGAAAAGUUCUCGUCAGCAAACCCAUCAAUGAUGGGGGAUGAUGCUCGUAAAGAGCUCUUCGUCCAAAAAAUUGGAGCCAUCAUCCUCUUCCUCAGAUUAAACCUGAUCACCUCUUAUUCCUGAGAUGCUGUGUGUCCUCUACGGGUUUAAUACUCCCCCUACCUGUGAGUAUUUUUACUUUGCAUUACAGUGGCUCCAGGGGUUAUUGCCCCCCUGCUACCUGGUCCUAAACCAUGCCUGCUGGUUUAGCUGCCCAGAUUGACCAGUCUGUUGGUGCUGACUGCCUGAAGUCCAUCAUACACACCACAGCCUGGCUAAUCAGGAGCUGACUUGACAAACUUAUCAAGUUUUCCCUUGACAACAGCUAGAGGUUUGUUGGUAAAUUUCCCUCAUGCAUGAAGGCAGUAUGUUAAAGAUUCGUUCUUGAUAAUCCUGUGAGAGACGACUUAGUUAUUAAUGUAUGUGAAUUUGUAAAGGUGAUCUGAUUUCAGUACAUUUUGUAUAUGGGAAAAUAAAAUUUUCUGCUUGGGCUUGAUGCUGGGGAAGGACUUUUUAAUCCAAGAAGUGGAGAAAUUCAAUUAUCUGCUUACUUGGGACCUUCAAGAAAGGUAACUUCAUGCUAGGAAAGGACUCUUGUUCCAAGGAAUUAGUGGUAUCCUUUGUUUAAACUUGAUUACCUCCCAUUUCCCAGGUGCCUUAUGAUCCUAGUGGAUUUACCGCUUUCUAUGAAUAUAAUAACAAAAUAAUAAUUAUAAUUCUUACCUGGAAUCCAUACAACUGUGGUAAUGUUUUACAGCUGAGAAAUUUGCUCGGGUAAUUAGCAUUUUGUGCAAAACAGGGAAGGCGAUAUAUUUCGUCCUUUGAAACGGUCACUCUCAAAAAAAAAUAGCUUUAUCAUUUUAUCUGAAUCUCCUUUGUGGCUUUCUCAACACCCAUCAACCUUAAUAUUUUUGUACACUGCAUUAAAACAACUUGGUCAUCAGUACUGGCAACAUUGACAACAUUAGUUUAUUAAAGGCUUCAAAAUGUUGACUAAAAUGUGUGAAUGGUGAUGUUUUGGUACCUUUUUUUUUUUUUCUGCAAUUCAUUUUACAAGCUAAGAGCUGUUACACUUCAGCUCAUUUACAGCAGCAGUUGCUGCUGAGUUAUUGAGGAAAUACUUUUGUAAUUUUGGGUUACUAGACAUAAUUGUGUCAGAUGAUGCUGCAUACUUUGUAUUAAAAGAGCUGGAAGCCUUCUUCAUUAAGAAUAGAAUUGAAUAUGUUACUCCAGCCCCAUACCAUCCAUCAUUAUAAGAACUGUUUUUCUGCAGCUCAUUUAAAGCCAAGAUCUGUUCUUCCUCGGCUCAUUUACAGGCUAAGAGCUGCUCUGCCUUAGCUCAUUUACAGGCUAAGAGCUAUUCUUCAUUAGCUCAUUUACAGCCAAGAGCUGUUCUUCUGCCUCAGCUCAUUAUCAAGCCAAUAGCUGUCAUUCAACCUCAGUUCAUUUUAAAGCCCAUCCCUUUUCAUGGUACAGUACAUGUAUAACAACCCACUAGAAUGCAACCUAUGACACUGGAUUAAUGCCCUGGUACCUAUUUACUACUAGGUGAACAGCGACAGUAUUGAUGUAAGGAGACUUGCCCCUUGGGUCUUGCUCUGCCAGGGAAUUGAACCCUGGUCCUCUUAGGUGUGAGUUGAAUGUUCACUGGGGGUUUAAAAGUCAUUUAUUUUGGUUGUAGAUGUCUUCUGUUUAUGUAACUGAAAUAUUGAAGAAUAAAAAGGCAUAAUAACAUAACUGGAACAAUACACAAAUAAUUGCACAUAGGAGAGACACUUAUGAAGGUGUUUCGGUCAGACUUGGACCAUUGACCAGUUAAUGGUCCAGGUUGGACUGAAAUGUCGUAAGUUUCAUUCUCCAGCGUUUGGGUUAUUUGUGUAUUGUUCCAGUUACAGUAUUGUGCCUUUUUAUUCUUUAACAUCUAAUAAAUCUUAGAGGAACUAACAGUUUUCAAAAUAUUGUAGCAUGUUUCAAGAAAAAUCAUGGGAUGAUAAGUGGUUUCAAGAGGACAAUAGAUGAGACUAUAGCAUACAUGAUGCAGAUUGCAGCCAACAGCCUGGUGUGUCACGUGGUCACCUCAAGAACAUUUACUGUACUUCAGCUGCUUCAAGCAGAUGAAUUUUGAAGGAUUGUAAGGUUGUAUUACAGAUCACUUUUGUUAGAGAGGAAAGGGGAAGUGUAGUGAUGCUUGCAAAAGGCUGUUGAUUCAAGGAAUUGGAAUUAUUCUUUCCUUUCUCAGAUCAAACUUGAUUACCUACCAUUUCCCAGGGAUUAUAUGACCUCUGGAAUUUCACUGUUUCUCUAUAUACCAAAUAUUCUGGCAUCUGAGGUGCACGAGCACAUAAGGCACACCUCAAUUUUGACAAGCACAUUCUAGGAGGAAUACAAAAAUGCAUAACUUGUUUCAAAAUGAUAGCAAACCAGUGGGCGACUGUUUGUGUGCACAGUUUAGGUGCGAGAGGUGGGACCUUGUGCAGUCUGCCCUCUGCUCCACCCUCACCAGCCACCAUAAACAUAGAUGCCUGUUGUUUACUGAUGGCUACCUUAAAAUUAUACAGAUGCUUCUUGCUUUACAAUAGUUUAACUUAAAAUAUUUCAACUUACGAUGUUUCGAGUUUACAAUGUUGCAUUAGCGAUGCACAUUCAUACUGUACUGUAAAUUUAUGUAUCAUGUCUUAAUACACAUUAAUUAUUAUUAUUAUUAUUAUUAUUAUUAUUAUUAUUAUGAUAGGAUAAACUUGUAUUCAUCUAUUUACAUUUCAGUACUGGUAUUUAGUUCCAUUAAUUAUUUUUUAUUUACUUAUUCAGUGACAGUACUUAUUUAUUUAUCUUAUUUGACGUACAAUAUUUUCAGCCUAAGAUGGGUUUGUCAGAACGUGACCCUAUCGUACAUUGAGGAGCAUCUGUAUAUACAGCCGUUGAAGUUGGUCUGUUUAUUAUGUACUCUUAGUAUGCAAAUUAUAAUUUUUAGUAGUCACUAAUCACUGGAGAGUGAUCUGGGUAACAGUUAUAUAGGUGGGUUGUUUUUGAGUUUGCCAAUAAUGCAGCACUGAAACCACCGCUUGCCAGUAACUCGUAGCCUUCCUUUGUUCCUGACCUUGAGCAUAUAAGGUGUAGGGUGAUAUUUUAAGUCGUGUUUUGGGAAAACAGAACUCCUUAAAUACCAAAAUACAGGGCAUUUUAAGAAGAUGGACCUGAUUUCAAAGCAGUAUAUACUGAAAUUGGGUCAGUCAUUUUGAAACAUCCUGUAUAUGGAAAUACAGUGUUUUCAUUGAAUUUUGCCAUCAUUUAGGAUUUAAUCCUACACAUGACGGCUAAUGGUAAUACUCUGGAAUAUUCCUCGGUAUUCAUGGAAAAAAGAAUAGAAAGUAAAUCAGUGCAGCUCAGGGUAUAGAUAUUAGAAAAGAAGCACUACAGCUUUAGGAGCCACACAGUGUGGAGAAUGGGAGGUAAUGAGAGUUUUGAAGCACAGUAAGGGAGAAUAGCUCUUAAUUCUUUGAAUCAAAAGCCCUCCACCAGCCCCUUUCUGCCAGGAUCAAGGCACCCCUUGUCCACUUCCCUUGAUGGGUCAGGGUAAACACUUGAAGGUUUUAUUAAAUAAAUUUUGAAGAUCGGAAUCACUUAUGGCACUCUGCAAGACUCGUGUUGCUUUUAGAUAGCAUUAUUGUAAAACGUGCCUCACUGAUUCACUAAUAACUUGUAAAUUUGUUUGUUUACUUCAGGAAAUUGUACACAGCUUUAAAAUUACACUGUACAUGAAGAAAGUCACAGAGGAGUUGUUCACUCGUACAGUGAUUCCUGGGAUGGUGGCCCUCGCAGUCCAGUCUUGGGGAGCUCUCCGGGUGAAGGGUCAGGUCAUUCAGAUUGUUUUUGUGUAAGCAUUGCAAUAGUAAGAAAGGAGAGUUCUGUACAGUUCGAGACAUUUAUUAGAUGAGAUGUUUUGUCACUUGGGGUUUCUUCAGUCAAAUACAAAGGCAGCAGGUAAAGUAGUGGAAUGAAGAGAAAUAGUAUUUGAGGUGGUCAGUCCCUCAGCCUGGAGGAGAGUUCAGCUGCACGGUCUGGAACAACAUGAAGCUGAAGCUGAAGCUUCAUACUGUUCCAGACCAUGGAGCUGACCUCUUCCCCAGACUGAGGGACUGACCACCUCAAAUACCAUUUCUCCAAGGUUGAUGGACUGAAUACAUCAUCUUCAUUUCUUCUGCCUCUGUAUUUGACUGAAGAAGCCUACUGUGUUGGCAAAACAUUUCAACAACUUAGUUAUCUCUAUAUUAGGACUGAAGAAGCCACUCGGGGCAAAACAUUUCCUCUAAUAUAUGCCCUGAACUGUACACAAGUGUCUUUUUCCACAUCUUGUUGGUACCACCAUACCAUUUUUGAAUUUCCAGUAGAAACAUUUACUAUAGAUGUGUGUGUGCCUCUGGCAGCUGUAGACAAGUACGGUAAUUUGCUAAGGGUCACAAUGGUUCUUCACAGUCAGAUUAGCUGUUCUUUCAGCAUAAGUGGCCCAAGGCUUUAGAUUUAUUUGUUUUUUGUGUAUACAGUGUAACUGUUAACCUUUUAAAGAAUAAAAAGGCACAACACCAUGACCAGAACAAUACACAAAUAACCCGCACAUAGGAGAAUGAAACUUACGAUGAUGCUACUGGUUCAAGUUGGACCAUUAACAUCAUCAAAUAACCCACCUAUGUGUGGGUUAUUUUUAUAUUUACCUUUUCUUAUGUAGGUGUUAUUCACUCUGUUUCUUAUAAAGGAAAGGUUUGUCAUUAGUGUUUGUUCAAAGCUUGCAGUUACAUGAGGUAUGAAGAAUAACUGUGGAAGCAUGAAAAAAGUUGUGAAAGCCUAUGUACAGAUGCUCCUUGCUUUAUGAUGGUUCGAAUUACAAUAUUUUGACUUUAUACCUCUGCAUAUUCUGUACUGUACUGCUGUAUGGUACUGUACAUUUAUUGAUAGGACAUACCUGUAUUCAUUUAUUUACUUUUUCAUUUAUUUACUUACAUUCAUAUUCGAUUUGCAAUAUUUUCAACUUACAAUGGUUUCUCUGGAACAUAACCCCAUUGUAAGUUAAGGAGCACCUGUGUACUCCCAGGAGCGAAGGUUCAGGUAGUUCUGAGUAAAGUGAGUUAUUAUAAAAUGUGCAGAGAGAGCAGUUUACUAUGCUAUGUUGGUGAAAGGUUGAUGUGUUGACAUCUGAACAUACAGUAUGUGCUUUUAGUGUAGUGGCUGAUGCAUCAGUGUGCUAGUUAGUGGUAGCUGAAACAACAGUAGGAGAAAGGCAGAGUACAAGGAGAAUUGUGUCAGUGAGUAAAUGGAAAUGAAAGUGAAUGAAAUAAAAAA